AUGAAGCUGCAGUGUGAUGUGGAGGUGGUGAAUCGGAUGCUGCCCUCGUUUGGGAUAAGGAGUCGAGGUAAAGGGACCAGAGCGGUUCUGUCCAUCGGGAAGCAUCUGGACAAGACGAGUCAACGAAGCAACAUCUACAUGAUGAUCUGCACAGCUAAAGACAGAGCAGGCUCCAAGUACAAGCUGAAAGGCAACAUAGAGAAGUUCUUCACUUGGUUUGUGGAGGAAGGCAAGGCCACUGUGAGAUUAAAGGAACCUGCUGUUGACAUCUGUUUAAGCAAGGCUGAUGCAAAUAGCUUGAAGAACUUCCUCUCAGCCGCUCGUUUGGCAGACAGAGGAAGUGACGCGAGCAGCCUUCCCCUCUCGACGCUCACUCCUGUUCGCGCCAGAGACGUAGAGCAACCCAAGAAGAAGCUCACGAUCGUCUCCAAGAAGGACUACCCCCUCACCUCCAACUUCCCCUACUCUCUGGAGCAGCUGCAGGUCUCCUACUGCAAACUGUCACGGGUGGACAUGCGGAUGCUGUCCCUGAAAGCUCUCCGCAAGCUAGACCUCAGUAACAACCACAUCAAGAAACUCCCCGCCACCAUCGGCGACCUCAGCUGCCUCUCUGAGCUCAUCCUCCACAACAACCACCUGGAAGCCUUCAGUGAGGCCCUCUGCCUGUCCACCCUGCAGCGGACCCUCCAGCUCCUGGACCUGAGCCAGAAUCGACUGCAGUCCCUCCCCGCUCAGUUCUGCCAGCUCAAAGAACUAGUGAACCUCAAACUCGACGACAACCAGCUCGUCUGUUUGCCGUUCCACGUGGGCCGACUCUCGAAGCUGAGGUUCCUGUCGGCGGCGCAUAACCAGCUGGCCGUGUUGCCCUGUGACUUCCGUAAGCUGAGUCUGGAGAACCUGGACCUGUUUGGGAAUCCGUUUAUCCAACCUAACCCUCUUGACCACACAAUGAAACUUACAUUCCCCCUUCCACUUCAAGAGAUGGCUUCCAGAGCUGUGGCCAACCUCAGGUUACAGUACGGACCUCACCUCAUCCCUGCCCACUUGUGUCGGGACCUCGAAGUAGCCAAGACCUGCGACUGCGGCCGCGUCUGCAUCAAUUUCCACAUCAAGACGGCGGUCAGCAUGAACCUGCACCAGGUCUCCCACACGGUAGUCCUGGUGGACGACAUGGGGGGCACAGACGCUCCGGUGCAGCAGCACUUCUGCUCCCUCGCCUGCUACUCCGAGUUUUUAGACAACUCCCUCCAGAGAGGAAUCAGAUGAGGAAGAACACACUCUUUUGUUUGACAGGAAAACACACCGACUGCUGGAAACUGCUGUGGAUUUUGCAAUAGUUUGCAAGUUAUGAGAUACUGUUGGAGGAUACAGUUUUCUGGUAAAGCCCGGGAGGAUAUUGACUUUUUACACUUCCAUUAAACACACCUCCUGCUCCAUCUGCAACUGACUUUAUGUAAUGUUAGCGGGCAGUAACAGACGCAAAAUGACAGUUUGCCAUUGCUGCUGCUGCUGCUGCUAAGUGUCAUACAUCGUCUUUUCUGUUCUUCCUGCCUGUUACAGCACAUCCCCUACUGACCUGCUUCUACAAGGCAGGGGGAAUAAAGAAAUUACAUGAGUUUUUUCCUGAACACAGUGCCUCAGGGUCCGUGAGCUAAAGGGAGUUGGUUUUUACUGAGCUAAUGACCCACAAUUUUUAUAUACAUGUGAAAAACUCAAUAAAAUAAUAGUAUUCA